AUGAAUGAAGAUGAAAUAUCAUCUAACGAAGAUUCUUUAUCUUCAAUUUCACCAAUAAAUGAUGAUUUAGAAGAAGAAUUGGAAUCAUCAUCUGAUUCAAUGAUUCAAAGAUUUUCUCAACAAAUGAUUCAUAAAUCAGAAAAAACAAAUAAUAUAUGGGCUAUUGGAUCACUUUCUAAAGAAAUAAGUGAAUAUUUUCAUCUUUUAAGGGUACUUAAAAGAGAAAAAGCACAUAAUUUAUCUUUACACCUUUAUUCUAGCUUUAAAUUACGUAAUAAUGUUCAUGAAUAUCAAGGUAAAUGCUUAAAAAGAAAAAGAUGGAUUGCAUGGCCACUACCUUCCAAUGAUAAAUUAGAUUUAAAUAAAUCUUUGGAGUCAUCAAUGGAAUUAUUAGCAGAUGAACUAGAAGCAUGUAUUUUUCGAAUUGCAGCAAAAAAAAUACACAGUCGUCAUCUAGAACUUAUCAGCGAAGAACAUUUACCAAAAAAUGUCUUUGAUUAUAUUUUCAAGAUUAUUCUUUCACGAAUUCAUAAACUUCUUUCUACUCUUUUACAUUCACGAAAUAUCCAAGGAUCGAGUAGUUCAAAAUCAAGAUUACAACUUCUACAAUGGGACGAUCUUCUAGGACAUGCAUCGAUUUCUUCCGCAUUUCCUUUUAAAGAUAUUCUGAGUACUGUUGAUAUAUGUUCUUCACUUUUCUCAGAAAAUAUAUCAUGGAACCCUAUAGAGACACCCUUAGAACUUGAAAAUAUUCAAUACCUAAAAAGAAAAGGCUGGGAUAUACUUUCUGAAAUUCCUAGCCAUAAAAACUCUAAAGAAAAGAAAAAACUAAAAAAAUAG